AUGGAGGUGGGGGCAGCGGGGGACCCCCAUGGGGGCUGGGGGGACACCCCAGCAGGGACAUAUGUCAUCCCGCACGGGCUCCAACCUCAGCGAUCUCCCCAUGGGGCCGUGCCGGUGCCCCAGCAGCCAGUGAUGAUCCUCCAGCAGCUUCCCGGGACCGUGGCUGCCCUGGCCCCCCCCGCCGGACCCCUACACAUCCGGGGAGCCCCUUACUCUCUGGCAGAUUUAAUCGAGUUGAUGAUGAUUCAAAACUCCCAAAUGCACCAGGUGGUGAUGAACAGCCUGGCUGUGUCGGCACUGACAUCCUUUGGGUUCGGACCAUCCCCAGCUGCUGCCCAGGCGAUGGUGGUGCCUUUGCAGACCGAAGACGAAGAGGAGGCUGUGGUUUUUCACCAUCACUACCUCCCCUACCCCAGUUCUGCUCCUAUCCUGGCAUGGCCGGUCCUGGCACGGGAUCGGGGACCGGCGGCUGUGCGGUAUCUGGGCACAGGCUUAUUAGCCGAGGAUGGGGAGGUCAGUGCGGUGCCACCCCCUCCACCCCCCAGCGCCACGGGGACUGUGGGAGCCGACAUCCCACCAGCAUCAGAGUACUACAACGUGGUGGAGGAGAGGCUGUGA